AUCCGGCAAUAAGUAUGAAUAAUUAUCAAGUGACGAAUAUAUAUGUAACUGGGGAGAAAGGAAUUGAGGGAACGGAUAAUACGUCGCUUGUACUAUUCUCACAGCUCAGGAACAAAUGAGACCAAAUAAAUCGGAAACGCCGACCUUCUACAGAACACCAACCCAUAUACACAACACUUCUGAUCACUGAAGCACAUUCCACCAUGCCUGUCCCAUGGGAAGCUCUCAUUCCAUUUGGCCUGCUCACUUCAAUGUUUGCAGCAGCCGGAACGCUCUUGAAUGUUUCUAAAAGGGCUCAGAAUCAAGGCAAGCCUGUUCGAUACCACGUCGAUUCUUGGGACGAGAUGAUGAUGGACCGUGAUAGACGGUUAACAGGACACACACGUGGACAAUCUUCAAACCCCGUACCUCCAGAAGGUUUCGAGACGAGUAGCGCUUGGUACACGGAAGCUACAUCAUAA